UUGACAAAAAAAAACAAUCUUUUUUUUUUCUCCUUACCGGCAGCUGCUGGGAUCUGGUGUGGCAGAGAACCAGCAAAAGUCGUAUGGCAACUAAGAAGUUGAGUUCGACAGUUUGUUAAAUGCAUUUUCUUUUUAGAAAAACAAGCAGCCCUCGACUCUCUUGCACCUCACUUUAGCCUCUGUUAUUUCUCUUGAUCAUGAAUUCCAAGCGUCUUCCCAAGAGGUCUUUGAUGGGUAUCAGAGUCUGCACUACUCCUGGUCUCACCGGUAUCAGCCAUGCAGGGAAUAGCAACUUAAACUGCAAGACAGUUGCAACAAGGGACUUAGGGAUAAUACUGGCAUGCAAGGAUGAUCCUGCAUCUGGAUGCUUUACUUAUGCUCUGAGGCUGGACGAUGGCACUUUGAAAGAACGCCGAGGUGAAGAUAUCAUUUUGAAUGGGAUCGAUUUGAAAUCGGAAGAGAAAGAAAAACACCCUAACUGUUUGGGAAAGAUUCCCAUAAGCUGGAACAGUGAAGAAGAAGAUGGAGAUGGAGUGUCGUGUGACUUUCAGAAGAGAAGCCCCACACAUCGUCUCGAUCUCGGUGGUAAGAAGCUCGAAGACCCAGCUCUGCUGGAAAGCAGAUGCAUUGUGAGGCGAGCUCCAGAGUUCAAGAGGGAUCCAUUGUUACAAGGCCUUGACCUCUCACUGGAUGAGAGGUGUCUGCAGACUUCAUCACACAUCCCUGUCCCGAGACACAGGAAACCACUGGGGCAUGCAGACAAGGAGGUGAUGGCCGCCACAGUCCUCACAUCCCUCUCCACAAGCCCACUGGUACUCAGUCCUCCGUCUGGGACUCCAGCUGCAGUUCCAGAGCCUGCCAGCAGGGGGUGGAAGGAGUGCUUGUCCGCGAGUUACAGCAGCUCCACCAGUGGGACCUGGAGCUGGGAUGCCAGCGACCAGUCCGUUCCCUCCACCCCCUCUCCUCCACUCUCAAACGACGUCAGCAAGAGCUUCCUGCUGUCCACCCCCAGCGAUGACAACAUCGAGGAAUCGGAGACGGCACACUUCCUGUUUGAGGACCCUAUCCCCAGAAAACGAAAGAAUUCCAUGAAGGUAAUGUUCAAAUGCUUGUGGAAGAACUGUGAAAAAGUCCUCAGCACCUCCUCUGGAAUCCAGAGGCACAUCCGGACCAUACACCUGGGUCGGAAUGGCGACUCUGACUACAGCGAUGGAGAAGAGGACUUUUAUUACUCGGAGAUCGAGGUAAACAUGGACACACUGUCAGAGGGGCUCUCCAGCCUGACGCCCACCUCGCCCACCACCACCGCCCCGCCUCCUGUGUUCCCGAUGCCCGAGCUGCUCCACUCCGAGCCCGCGUUCAUUAAACCCCGGGUCGGCAGGCCACAGACGCCCCUGAGCCAAUCAGCACCCUCCACACUCUGCCACAUCCGCACUGACCACGCCUACCAGGCAACUGCUCCUGUGAGCAUUCCUGUAUCUUCAAAGUUCAUACCAAGCGAGAACGGGAUCAGUAUUUCCUGGCAGUCACCUCCUGUCAUAUUUAAAGGGUCACCGGGGCCUGUAGCUCAGAUCCGCACGGUCAGCACUGGGGAGAAAAGACAGCCUCUUCAGCAUGGUGCUGUCAACAAGACCCACAUCGUCCCCCCUGUCACAACCAAGCCCUCCACAGGAACCAGGAAACCUCGAGGAGAGGCCAAGAAGUGCCGGAAGGUGUAUGGGAUGGAGAAGAAGGACAUGUGGUGUACCGCCUGCCGCUGGAAAAAGGCCUGUCAGCGAUUUACUGACUAAACCUGGCUCUUCCUGAAGUUCAUACUCGAGACAGACGGGCUCUGUGACCUGCUAUAGUUCACACACCAGAGAACACACGCAGCAGUACUCCUUCGAUUUCAAAGCCACGUUCUUCCAAGGCACUGGUACUGUACAUGAUCACCAAGAACCCAGCAAAAGACACCUGAUGGAAACCCGUGGCUUUGUGGAUCUGGGGGACUCACAGGGAUACUGCACUAUAUUUUGAGAAAUACAACAUGCUGUAAAAAGUACAAAUGUUACAAAAAAGAAAAAAAAACACAAAAGUUGAAAUACAAAAAAAUACAAUAUAUUGGCUUGGGCAGCAUUGUUUUUAGGUCAAAAAAUGUAUAAAGCAGAUUAUCAUAGCAAAAGAAAAACUAAUUCAGAAGCCUUUUAAUAUGCUGAUUUUAUACUUUCUAAUUUUACAGGUUGUCUUUGCAAGACCUUUCUGGUUGAAUUUAUAUUCAGAUAAGCUGUUUGUGUAAUAUUUCUUUCAUGUUCUUAAUUUCUUGGUCACUUUAUUUAGGAAUCUAUUCUUGACUUGAACUUUGAAUAGAAGGGGGUGGCAUCUUUCAGAAAUUCACAGAUUUAUUUCUUGAUAGUGUUUGGAACUAUUAGGUUUUAAUUCCAUACAUUUCUCUUUUUACUUCGCGAUUUGUUUUGUAAGACAAAAGAAGGAUGCUCUGCAGUCAUCUGUGUUCAUUUUAAAGCAGUGCUUUUACCAAAGGAACACAAUGUGAUUUAACCUGCCUUGUAUAUAUUUGGUAUACAAACCUGAUCAGGCAUCCCUCUAGAUCCUACAAAGUCCUUUCAAUUUGUUUUUAUCUAGUGAACUCUUUAGGUGUGAUAUUGCUUGAGAAAGCAAAUUAUAUUUUUCUUAUUGACAAUGUAAAAUAUCUGUUCUGCGAAGGAGUAGAAGAUAGGUCUGAAUGUUUGUAGACUGUAAAUGCCUUUCAAAAAGUUUGGCCCCUUGCAGCUUAGAAUCAUCACAGUCAUGAGACUUGCAUUAAAUCAUUUUGUUCAUCUCAAAAUAGCUGUAGUUUAGAACAUGGAAAAUAGGUUGAAUUCUUAAAACUAUAUCACGCAAAGAUUUUUGCUAUAUUUUUGAUAAACUGAUUUUUUUUUAUAAAUCUGAUGGUUUCAUUUUUUCCUAUGCUAUGCAGUAUUAAGUUAGUUAACACUUUUCUUGCAAGUGUUAUUGUAGGAGCCUGUCAGAAACCUGUAUUGUGUGUUUUCUGUAAUGCGUGUCUUUUAAACUGAUGUGAAAAAUGGACUGUUAUCCUUUUGGAGAGGUGACAAUCAGGGUAAUCAAUGAGCAAUUUUCAGAAGCAGAAAAAAGAUUAUAUUUUCUGGUAGCUUUUUAAAUGGUAUAUACCAUUCCUUAUUUCAGGCACCAUUUUUUCACACAUAUACAUAUGCACUUAAUUGUAUACAUUGUUAAGGUUUUUAUUUGCUUCCUGUAAAGUACUUUGGUGUUUAUGGGAAGCAUAAGUCUUGUAUGGAAGUCUUGGUCUAAUUGCUUCACAACAAGAUGACAAUCAAUUAUAUCACAUUUUUAAUAGACAUUUUUGGCUUCAUACUGUAUUGAUUUUAUAAUCACAGCUCUUACUAUGGAUUUUCCUAUUGUUUUAUUCAGAAUGUGCAUACAUUUACAUAUACAGUAUAUCUUAGUUGCAGAUAUCUAAUUUUUGAUCCGAAAAAUCAUUUUUACAGUGCUGCCUGUCAAUAGGCAAUGAACAAAGCUUUGAGCUGAUGCUGUGGUAAUACAGUAACCAUCCUGGUACAAAUUUAUUACACUGUUCUGUCACCCCUAUCUCAUGUUCUAAGCCUUGCUAAUUCUUCAUUAUUGUCUGGGUUACCCAUCUUCACCCUAAGACGUCUAUUGCAUUGUUUUCAAUCUAAGAAGAGGACAAAACAGUCUGAACUGUGAUUCAGGGCAUCAAAUGCUUUUUUUCCAUCAGAAGAAGAGAGCAAUUACAUCUAAUUGUUGUGUGUAUUUCGUGGCUGUAUGUUCAUACACACGCUGCCUGCAUUUUCUGAUGUGUUUUCCUGAUCAGAAGUAAAUGUAGAAUGAAAUUGUUUGUCAUAAUGGGUCUUAGGAAUCAGUGAGUGUAAAUGUUUAAAUACACUCUAUGGAUAAGCCCCUAUUGUACACGGGGGGGGGGGGAAUUGUCUUCCCCAUUUUAUCAGGCAAUUCCUCGGAAGCAGAGCCAUUGUAUUAUUGGAUUAUGUUUCCUGUGCAUUCUCUGCACAGACAGCUCAAAGCUGCGUUCCUGUUAGUAGUUCUGGAGAAAAGAGCAUCAUUCUUGAGUGGAAACUUGAGUGAGUGCCAAUGGGAAAAAAUGAACUUCAUUGAAUUGCACUAACUUGUACUGCACAAAGAUAUAUUUUUAUGUGGAGUUUUAUAAGCAGAAUUUGAAGAUUUUAAACACGUGAAAAAAAUGUUUGUACGUCAAUGCCUGCAUUUUUAUGUCCUGAUGGGGAAAGACCUGAGUGUUUCAGGAUAGGGUUCAGAAGCUUAUGGCACAACCAGAGGUUUGUCCUUUUCAGGUUUCCAAACUAAAAUGGACCAUUUGUUGAGAAGACGGUUGAUCUAGGGCACUUUGGUGAUGGAAACCAAGCACAUUGGUUGUGGAACAUCUGGUCAAGAAAAGCUCCUCACCAUUGGAGAAUGAUGUUAAUGGCCAUGAUGUCAGGAAAGAACUGGGAAACUUGAUACAGAGACUUAUAGCCUUCUGCCCAGCAGCCUAAUCUCAGUGCCUUUAGGUGAAUUCAGAUUACUUAUUUAUGAGAGAUCUAGCACGAAAAUACACUGUUUUGGAGGGGUAUUUUGGUGGCUGCAGGUGUCUCUGAUCUUGCAGGUUAUCUCCUCAGCAGCUUCACAUACAAAGCUACAUUUGUUACAGGAUAAGCAUGUUGCUACCAUGUUAUUAGUCAUUUUCCUUUGAAUUCUUCUUAUCUCUGAUAUUUAUUUUUGGAACAAGGAGGAGGAGGUCACAAUUAAACCCCCACCCAGCCAGCUUUUCAUCGCUAAAGCCAUGGCAAAAUGCAACCAGCCAUUGAGACAUUGAGCCAGGAGAUUCUCUUUGGUGGGCCAAGUUCAGACUUAGCUUAAAUACAUAUGCAAUAUAAUUAAAAAAAAAAUGAAAGCGAGAAUAAAAACUCCGCUUUUUUUUCCUUAAAGACCCAUUGAAUAGAAUCAAAGACUUAAAAAUGUAGGCACUGAUGAUUAAUGAUAAAUGUGUACAGUUUUCGAUUUUCUUAAUUACAUUAUGUAAAAAAGGUUUUCAUCUUUUUUGUUGUAAUAUAAAACUUUUUACUAGUAUUGCUUGGGUGUUUGUGGCAGAUAGAAAGCCCUAGUGAAGAUAACAUGUAAAUAUUGAACUUUUAUAAUCUUUUAACAAAAAAAAAACUCGAUGAAUGUAAAAUACCUGUUAGGUUUCUAUGUCGAUUGUCUUAGGAAUGUGCAAGUCGGUUCUCUGGGGUGGGAAAUGUUUGAGGUGACAUUUGCUUGACAGACCUGCUUACAAUAUGUACAGUAGGUAUACGAUUCUGAGUGCGUAUCAAACUGUACAAUUCAUUAAAGAAAACAUUACGACAGGACACACAAAGGACAAAUAAAGUAACAGAAGGUUUGAGGCCUAACAGACGAUUUAAAACUAUGUAAAUGAAUUAUGUCUAAAUGUUCUAACCCCAUAUUUCUCUUUCCUUGUGGUUGCAUGUUGUAUAGACAGUAACAAUGAAUUUAGCCAUGAAAGUCUUGAGUCUUUCCCUUCUGCCCUUUUGUCUGGAAGUAAGGCCUUGGGUCUCUCUCAUCUUCCUCCAUGCACAUUCCUAAGGGCUGCAGACUUUGUCGAUGUGUAGCAUUCAUGUUGAGUUCCCAGUAUGUGCAUUUUAAGUUGGUUUUUACUACAGCUGCUUCAGCAGCAGACAAGCUGUAGGCCACUGUCCCUACAGUCCUACAAAUACCAGGAUGUUAAGCUAACCAAAUCCAAGCAAUGUGCAGAAAACAUGUUGUUCAAUGUUGUUGUAGAUGUCAUAUUAAUCCAAAACAGAAGGUAGGCAAUGAGGUAAAAAACAAUUCAGUUUUUAUGGCAGCUCCAUUUGAGCCCAGGCUCUCAAAUUGUAUGCUUCUUCUGUUUUUUUGGGUGAGUUGUGUUGUCAGAGUUAACACUGAUGUCUGGCUCAAACGAACUGAUGCCUGUCAGUUUUAUUCAUUUGCAUCUUUUAUUCAACCAGAUAUUAGAUAUUAUGUCCAGCUCCACUUCUGCGGUUGAGCUUAAGUUAUAAAGGAACUGAAUUAGAUCAGUGUUUUCUCCUUAAGAUUAGUCUGACUUUAUUCCAUUUACUUAAAUCCCUAAUCCUUAAAGGCUAUGCUCUGCUGCAGACAAAGCUGUAGUCUUAAAUUCAAGUUAGUUUGUUUGGGAAAAGAUCCUGCAGAAUGGCAAAUGUUUAGGUACUGGUAAUUGGCACUGUAAAUCUAAAAUAAUAAAUAAAAACGUUUAAUUGAUGUAUAAAGGAUGCAUUGUUUUUACUUGUCUUCUGGAGAAGUGAAAAACAACAUCCUGACUUGAUCAAAUGGAUCUUACUACUGUGUUGUAAUACUGUUACAUAAUAACACAGUUGCUGUGUUGUUAUUAUUACAAUGGGUGUUACAACAGUGGUAGAUAGCUUUUGUAAGGUGUAAGCAAGGUGUAUAAUUAAUGGGACAUUUUGUAGCUGUCUUGCAAGAUUUGGAUAAACAAUUCCAAUCAUAGUGUAAAGGUUUUAGAACUGGCUAAGAAUUUUAAAUUGUAAAUCACAGCAAAUAUGAACCUUGGAUUUGAUCACAAAUACAGCUAAGAGCUUGAGUUACAUUCUGUGGGGGAAUACAGGAGUUGCAGCAGGCUAUUCCUUUAUGAAGACAGAUAAUUUUUUGUUGUAAUAUUUUUUUAAUUCCUUAAUGUUCUGUAAAAGUUGGGCAUGGCAGUAAUGUUAUGAAGCUUAAGUGAUACAUCACUGAAUUAGCCUUGUGAGUGGCUGUUCACGUGUUUUGUAUUGUUGCCAACUUUAUAUUCAAUUAGAUGAAAAGGUUUCUUUAAUAUCGGAGUCUUUUAUGAGCAGGAGAUACUGUAUGUUCUUUUAACAGUUCCGUGCAAAAUGCCAGAAACCGAAAUCCAAUAUUUCACUUUGUGUUGAAGUGCAUGGUUGUAAUCAGUAUUUUUUCAAAAAACUGCAAUUUAUACCAAA